AUGGCGCGCGCGCGGAUGUGGAAAGAGAGAGAGAGCUUCUGGCGCGACGUGGACGCUCCGUCCGAUGCGGCGCCGUCUGCCGCGAAGGUUCGGGUCGCCAAGUGGUUUUACUGUGGCCUGCGUGGGCUCUCCGCGCGGAGGUUCUCCCCCGGCAUUGGCAUCGGCGCUGCCAAGGCCAGGGCGGGCCGGGGCGCGGACGAGUGCGUGGGGGGCGCUGCCUGGAGGGCGUCGCAGAGGGCGGGGCAGUGCGUUGGCGAUGCGGCUUUGCGC